AUGUCCUGCCUAGGUCUCCCAGGCCCCUCCAACACGCCCCCCGGCGACGCCGCCCUCCACCGGUCCUGGAACAGGUUUCUCGACGACCACGGCCUCCGGGCCGUCUUCCAGGCGUCCCCGGCCCAGAUCGACGAGCAGUGCGCCGACGCCAUCGCGGCCCUCAGGGCGUCCGAGGAGCGCCGCGCGGGCGUCGGGGACGCCAUCCUGCGCCUCUGGGACGGCAUCGGCCUCGUCGUCGACUGCCUGCCGCCGGAUGUGAACCCUCACUGGAGGGCCGAGGAGCAGCUCCUCAAGCCCACGGCUCUGCGCCUCGCGGCCCGGAGGGCAAAUCUCGCCGAGGAGGAGCGGGAGCGGGAGAGGCUCCGCGGGGGCUUCUGGGACCCCAUUUCCUUCGCCCUCGACAUGUCCGUCCCCUCCAAGUCGGAGGAUUCGGAGGACGAGGAGAAGGGGACUGUCAAAGAGUUGAACCUCAACUUGCGGCCGCUUGAGACGAACCUCAAUGACGAAAGUGAGACGACACUCGAGGUCGCCACGUCCCUCGCCAACACGGAAUACUUCCUCGGCCACUGCCCGGGCGACCCCGUCUUCUCCUACGACCCCCGACCGGCGUUCCGCCCCGCGGACGAACGCAACUUCACCUACCGCGGCCGCGUCCCGCGCAGACCCGGGGAGGACCUGCUGCGCUUGCAGCUCCUCUUGCCGCGAGUCCUCGCGCAGCUCGUCGUCCUCCUCGCCUUCUUCCCCGAGAACCCGUCCCUCAUCCCCGUCGAGUGCGCCAGGAUGAUGGGCGAGGUCGACGACCUCGGCGAAACGGUGUUCCGCACGAUACGGACCUGCUGGCGAGCCAAGUUCAGGGGCAUGUCCGCCGCCCCGGCGGCGGCGGCGCCGUACAUGCACUUCCUCCGGAGCAGCCCGCUGGUGCGGGAGCUCGCCUGGCUCGUCUGCGCAGCGUGCCUGGAAAAAGGGUGCCGCCGGCCGACCGAGAAGACGCGGCGGGCGCGCCGCCUCUGGACGACGCUCCUGCCCCUCCUCGACGUCCUAACCUCGGACAGGACGGAGGGCACCUCGGUAUGCGAGGCGCUGCUGCGCAUCGCGAAGCUGCACGUCCAGGACGAGGACCGCCGGGCGCGGGAUAUGGUGUUCAAGGAGGGGGAGUACGGCCGCGCGCUGGUGUACAGGGAAGGUAUCCUCAUCGACAAGUCAAUCCACGCCUUCUACGCAUCCUAUACCGGCCACCUACGCCCUGCCGCCGGCGUCCUCUCAAGGCCCAAUCCACACCCGCUUUUCCCCGCCGACUCAGACCCAAACGGCUUCGACACCGAACCCGUCCCGAUCCCCGACGAGGUCCUAGCCGCGUACGAGAGCAUCAGGGCGCGACACGAGCUCCCGCCCGAAACCGACGUCGAACUCUCCGCGCCGCUGCUGGAAAGACCCAGCCGAACUGAGACGACCGCCGUCGUCACGACAGAUCGUCGGAGAAGGAGACCGGAAGACAAGGACGCCGCCAGGGAACCGCCGCGCAAGAGAGCAAGACGUUGA